UUAAAGGAAGUAAAGAUAGUGAGGGCCAACAGGAGCCGUCUUUUCGAACAUCCUUUUUGACCGUGUUCGGCAGUGUUCGAUUAAAUUCGGUAACGUUCGGUGGUGCUCGGUGGGGUUCGGAACCGCUCUUAACUCGUGCUCACGGACGUUCGGCUCAGUCGUCGACGCGCGCUUCUUUCGUAAACAUCAAGUGUCACGCUUGUCGUGUGUUCCUUGUCUUUGCUUCUGGAAGCUUGAAUCAAGAGGGAGGAUCGUACAUCAGUGAGAGUCUCUUAGCUACGUUAUCACAAAAAGGAUGUUCGGAACUACGAGAUUACAUCUUCUGAGUGGUAGUCUCUUGAUCAUUUCCACUGGCAUUCUUGCGAUUGGCGCCGAGGAUGCUCCACCGUCCUUCGAGACCGUCCAUACCAGUAACGCAGCUAUCUUGAACCGUCUUGGCUUGGCACCCCUUCAAAUCCCUGAUGGACAUCACAAGAAACGUUUAGCCGGUCCCGAACCGCCUGGAUUGAAUUCCCAGACACGAAUUCAUCAACCGUACAGUCGUCGACACGGUCAUCGGGACAGUCAUAUUUACAUCGUCAAACUACCAGCCAGUCCGCCGUACUACACGAUCACAAAGCCUCACAAAACGUCGAAGGAUGAAAAAGUAAUCAAAACGGGACCGAAUCUUCCGGUUGGUUUUCAUGGUAACGGCAAGCCAGCGAAGAUCUAUCAUUGGAACUUACCUCUGGUGAAGAAGAUUACGGAAAAGAAGAGACUCCAAGCACAAUUACGAAUGGACCAGGCUAGGAAGAAGUUGGAGGAAAGCAAAAAACAUCAGCAAUCCGAAUCGAUUUCUAUUGAUAGAGUCAAUUCGGUUUUAGACAAUACCCAUCGCCAAGACACCGAGAAAAAGAGAAUUAUGCAUAAGAUUUUACCAUCUAAACAUAUAAGAAACAAUGAUAAAAGAUUAAAUUAUCCCGAAAUAAUCGAUAAGAAAUCAGAUUCAGCCAAGAAAACUAUGAAUAGUUUAUCGACGAAGACUUACAGGCUCGACGAUUCGAAUAUGCAUAGAAUUCAUUUGACCAACGAACUUCACGGCUCAAGAAACACCUUGCCGAAGGUAAAGAAACACCGGAAGAAGGCGGCCAUGUCUUAUUAUGCGCCAAUCACAAGCAAGACAGGCUCUACCAGCAUCCACAAGAAUUUCUCCGGAAAUGGCAAGCCUAAAGCGUUCUACGUAAUAGAGAAGAGUCGUAAACCCGUCUACUAUCAUCCCCUGUUGCCUUAA